CGAAUUUUUUUGGGAAAAAAAAUUCAUUGUUUUCUUUUUUUAAUUAUUUUGGGUUAAUUUUGGAUUUGAUGACAAGUUUAUGAAAAAGGGCAAUAUUAAUUGCAAAUUCCUACGCUUGCUCAUUGUUUCAUUCAAGUAAUUGUAAUCAUUAUUAUUCGCGUUUAAAAGUUUUGAUUGGCUUGAAUGUUUACAAGCUAGUAGACAUGCAAGCAACGAUGAGAAACGAUCCAAAAAACCAUUCAUACGGAUAGAAACAUUUCUUUUACAAAAUGCAUGGCUUUAUUAAAAAGAUUUUCGAGAAAAGUUUUCUGAUUAUGUCUUUUGCUAAAAGAGAGCUAAAGACGAAAAGGAGAUGGGGUUUACUUCAGGCAAGUGUAGCCAUGGCUGUGUGUAUCGCAAUCAUUGGGAAAGAUAACGCUCCCCUCUACAUCUCUAUUGCUAAUAUUGACAAAGAACUUGAUAUGCAAUACAGAGUGCACGCGGCACUAGAUGUUGUGGAAGAGAAAUGUCAAUUUAUAAAUAAAGCGACUCCCGAAUCUAAAGAAUUGUAUUUGGGUAUGUUAUAUUCCACAGAAGCGCAUAAAAUCUACGGCUUCAUAACUAAUACCAAGAUCAAAUUUAUUUUAGUUAUGGAUUCCGAGAAUGUAGCUCUCAGAGAAAAUGAAGUGCGAGCGAUGUUUCGGAAUUUACAUAUACUCUAUACUGACGUCGUAUGCAAUCCCAUUUUCUUGCCCGGAGAGCCUAUAAUUUCAAGAAAAUUCGAUCGUGCUGUACAAAAACUAAUGAGUGGAAAUACAUGAAUUGCUUGGAGGUUUAUACACAUCCACUUAAAGAAAAAAGAUUAACAACAGUUCCAAAUUCAAAUUAAAUGACUGUUGAACGUCCAAUAAUUAACUAAUUUAUAAUUUCUGAGAAUAAACUAAAAAAAUUUUUAAGUUUUAAGGAAUAAUAUGUGAAUAAUGGAACUUAUUUUCAGCGAAUUUGUGCCAUCCAUUGACAGACGGUUUGUUGAGUUUAAGGGUUUUGUAGUGCCUUCGAUAAAAUGUGUUUCGUUGUCAUUUAUAAAACUUUCUGGUUGAUUUCGACUGUCUUUCCAGUUGUCAGCAUAUAUAUGUACAUAUAAAAUGGUGUGUGUUUAUGUAAGAAUAUAUUCAUAAUAUUAUUUUAUCGUGCAGCCAUAUUAUUGAAAUACUGUUUAAAUGCACAUAUUUGUUUCCCCGCUUUCGAUAAUAUUACACACGCGAUAAUGAAAGCACUAAAGCAAUUAAUUAUUUUAUAACUUCAUUCGAAAAUGAAUUGUUUUUUAUUUAUCAAACCAAUAAUACAAAACAUUUAUUGCACUUAUGA